AUGCAGAGCCCCAAGGGUAUCAACAUUCUCAUCACCGGCACGCCUGGCACCGGCAAGACGUCCCUCGCCGAGCUGCUGGUAGAGGAGCUGGAGGGAUUCAAGCACAUUGAGGUGGGUAAGAUCGUCAAGGACAAUGAGUUCUACAGUGAGUACGACAAGGAGCUUGAUACGCAUAUUGUUGAAGAGGAGGACGAGGACCGGCUUCUUGACUACAUGGAGCCUCUCAUGGUAAACGGCGGCAACCGCGUGGUAGACUACCACUCGAGCGAGUUGUUCCCACGGCGCUGGUUUCACCUCGUUGUUGUGCUGCGAGCGUCCACAGAAGUUCUCUUUGAGCGCUUGACGGUGCGAAAGUACAGUGAGCGCAAGCGCGAGGAGAACUUGGAGGCGGAAAUACACGGCCUCUGUGAGGAAGAGGCGCGUGGGGCGUAUGACGAAGACAUUGUGAUGGUGCGCGAGAGCAACACAUUGGAUGACAUGGGAGCAACUGUCGACCUCAUACGUAUGCGUGUGGAGUCCUUGAUUGCUGAACGGGAGUGA